AGUAAAGCCCCUGCGGUCCCACCGCCUUGCGGUACUCCUUGCUGGCUCUCCACCCUCACUGGACUUCCUCGGCGACCUAGUAGCUGAAGACAUGGCUGCGCAGUGCGUCACGAAGGUGGAGCUAAAUAUUUCCUGUAACAGCCUUUUGGAUACUGAUCUAACGUCAAAGUCCGACCCUUUAUGUGUGUUGUUUUUGAACACCAGUGGUCAACAGUGGUAUGAGGUUGAACGCACAGAAAGGAUUAAGAAUUCUUUGAAUCCCAAAUUUUCUAAGACAUUUGUCAUUGAUUACUACUUUGAAGUGGUUCAGAAAUUGAAGUUUGGAAUCUAUGAUAUUGACAACAAAACUAUCGAGCUGAGUGAUGAUGACUUCUUGGGAGAAUGUGAAGUCACCCUUGGACAAAUUGUUUCCAGUAAGAAGCUGACUCGACCACUGGUGCUCAAAAAUGGCAAACCUGCAGGGCAAGGGAGUAUUACGAUUUUAGCAGAAGAAAUAAAGGAUAACAGAGUGGUACUGUUUGAAAUGGAAGCCAGAAAACUGGAUAAUAAGGAUCUCUUUGGGAAGUCAGAUCCAUACCUGGAGUUUCACAAGCAGACAUCAGAUGGCCACUGGCUGAUGGUUCACCGAACAGAGGUUAUAAAAAACAACCUGAAUCCCAUGUGGAAGCCUUUUAAAAUCUCUCUCAACUCUCUGUGCUAUGGAGAUAUGGACAAGACCAUUAAGGUAGAGUGUUAUGAUUAUGACAAUGAUGGAUCACAUGAUCUCAUUGGAACAUUUCAAACCACCAUGACAAAACUCAAAGAAGCCUCCAGGAGCUCACCUGUUGAAUUUGAAUGCAUAAAUGAAAAAAAGAGACAGAAGAAAAAAAGCUACAAGAAUUCAGGUGUUAUCGUUGUGAAGCAUUGUGAGAUUACUGUAGAAUGCACAUUUCUUGACUACAUCAUGGGAGGGUGCCAGCUGAAUUUUACUGUGGGAGUGGACUUCACUGGCUCCAACGGUGACCCCAGUUCUCCAGACUCCCUGCAUUACAUCAGCCCAAAUGGUGUUAAUGAGUAUCUGACUGCCAUCUGGUCUGUGGGAUUGGUAGUUCAAGAUUAUGAUGCUGAUAAAAUGUUUCCAGCUUUUGGCUUUGGAGCUCAGGUUCCUCCUCAGUGGCAGGUGUCUCAUGAAUUUCCAAUGAACUUUAACCCCUCGAACCCCUACUGUAAUGGGAUCCAAGGCAUUAUAGAGGCUUAUCGGACCUGCCUUCCUCAGAUAAGACUCUAUGGACCAACUAAUUUUUCUCCGAUUAUAAAUCAUGUGGCCAGGUUUGCCGCUGCAGCCACGCAACAGCAGACAGCUUCUCAGUACUUUGUGCUCCUCAUCAUCACGGAUGGCGUGAUCACAGACCUUGAUCAAACCAGACAGGCAAUCGUCAGUGCGGCCAAGCUGCCCAUGUCGAUCAUCAUUGUGGGGGUUGGGGGAGCUGACUUCAGUGCCAUGGAAUUUCUAGACGGUGACAAUGGAAGCCUCCGCGCCCCAUCCGGGGAGGUGGCCAUAAGAGAUAUUGUUCAGUUUGUGCCUUUCAGACAGUUCCAGAAUGCUCCAAAGGAAGCACUUGCGCAGUGUGUCUUGGCAGAGAUCCCCCAGCAGGUGGUGGGUUACUUCAACACAUACAGACUCCUUCCUCCCAAAAACCCAGCUGUGAAGUAGAAGGAGCCGGGAGCUACAGGACGUCCAAAGCCAUGUGGAGCAGCGCCAUCUCUUACACAGAAUGAUGUAUCGCCAUCUGCGCUUUUUACCCCCCAGGGUUUCUGAUGCAAACCCAGCUUUUUGUAUAUAUUCUAUCAGUUUAAAACAUACAUUUUAUACUUUCUGAAGAGGACAGUAGCAAGUCCAUUUCUGCCCAAUGAACUCAGUGGCUGUUAGUGAUUUAUAGAAAUUACAAGAGUGCAGUUUGGAAUUGAUUUUAAUUUGGGAAAAAUUGGUUUGUUGUAUAUUUUCUAUAAUGAAAAUGCCAUUCUUAAGUGUUGCCAGUAGAGUGAAUGAGGCAUUACAGGAUGAAGUGGUAUACAAGUUUUGCUCUUCUGUUUUAGUAAAUAUUUUGCAAGCCAGUGUCGGUACUGUGAUGGAGAGAGCUGCUUAGGUCAGUCACAGAGUUCAUACCUGUUACUCUAUACUCUGUCCCUUUCUGUGCUGCAGUGCUACAGUGUAUAAAACUGUUUUCAUGUAGUUGCUUAUGAAAACCAGUGGACUUAACUUCGUUUUGAAAAUGUACAAUCAACCUAUGGAGAGCUCCUUGUAGACAAGACAUUUUUCUUUGCCUUUUGAAAUCCCUUCACUGUGAACUCUUGCACACAGCGUGUCUUUGCUUUACUGAGCAAACAAGACACUCAAACUUCUGUGGACACACAAUGAUAGGUCAUCCCGGAGGCCACAUUAUUAGAUCAGCAUUGUCGACUUAACUGGAACUGUGUUCACUAAAGCUUUGAGGGCCAAACAUUUAAGAUGAAAAUUCAAACCAGUUGCAGACCAGGCAUGGUGACACAUCAUGUGAGCACUUGGAAGGAAGAGGCAUGAGGCCAGCACGAGCCAACCCACCUGCAUAGUUAAUUCCAGGUCUGACAGCUAUCCAGUGAGAGUGUGGUUCAGUACAACAAAGAAAAAUAAGUAAUUGAGAAAUACAUUUCUUCUAUCUAAUGGAAUAAUUGCAAAAGGUCAUUAGUAUUUUUUUCUUGCUAAGGUCCUGUGUAUUGAUUUUUAUAGAGUUAUUUAGAUUUUUUUGUCUUUUUAAAAAAUAGUAUUAUUUUUCUUUAAACCUCUAAUUCUAGUUAUUUAUUAAUCAAAAUUCCAUUUUUUCAUUUCAAUAAUGUACUAUUUCCAAAGUCCAGAAUGUAUUCUGUUAAGCACAAAACCUGAUAUAACAUUUAAAAAAAGAGAAGAAAGAACAACAUAUACAUACCCUGUUCUAGCUGCUAUAUUUACAUAGAGUGGACUUAGUAUUCUUAUUUUGAAGAAUUGAAUUAUUUUAACUUUAUCCUGUAGGACAUACUGUUCAGUGAGUACACAUUUUUGGAAUAGAUUUUGUAACAUUUGCCUGAGCAUCUGGAUGUCAAAUAUUUGCCUAUCUAUGCAGUGGCCAAUUAUUGUUAACAGUUUAACAAGUAGCAUUGUGUAUCCACCACAUAUCCUCAAGUAUAUAUCCACAGAGAGCAUCCAUGCCAGCGUUACCGAAUCCUUCUGCCACUGCCUGUCUUUGUUUCCUGCAGGCUUCUCAGGAACAGCUUCUGUCAGCAGAAGAUCCACUUGUCUUGUUUGCCUGGCUCAGUGAGCAGUGGCGCCUCCUUCCCACAUGGGUAAUUGGCAUCUGGAUUGUGCUGUUAACCUGAAACAGUGUACCUCUGUAUAGCAGAGUUUCUUAAAAUUUAUUUUCAUUUUGAGUCCUUUCACCCAAGAAAUUUUAUGUAACCCCAGUUUUUAUAGGUAUACAAAGUUAUACUUAAGAUAGGUAUACAAAUCAAACAUUGCCAGUAAACCAAAUUAUUUCAGGAGCCUGGAGAGAUGGCUCUGGGUUAAUAAUACAUUCACUCUUGCAGCUGGUUUCUGUUGCUUUCCAGCAUGUAUGUCAGGCAGCUCUACUACUUGACUGUAACUCUAGCUUCAGGGGGUCUGGUGGUCUCCUCUGCCCUCCACGAGGACCUACUUUUGUAUGUGUGUGUGUGCGUGUGCGUGUGCGCAUGUGUGUGUGUGUGUGUGUGUGUGUGUGUGUGUGUGUGUGCACGCACACACUCUCAGCUAUUUGGUAUUGUAGUACACAGAGCAUCUUUAAUGUACUGCAGAGUUGACUGAUAUUUUGAUUUUGUGAUUGCCAAUACUUUGAACCCCUUUUCACAUAAAUACAUAGUACAAAAUGCCAUCAGUGUUUAGAGGUAUUUCAGAAGCUGCAAAUUCUGUCCUCAUCCUAAGCCAAAAUAUAAAGUUUUUUUUAAUGAAGCUUAUGUUGACAGUUUUUAAAAUCAAACUUUCUAGCACAGUACAAUCUAGACAUAAAUUGAUUUGAUAUUGACUUGAUUCAGGCUGGCAGGAAAAUAUUGAUGUCUUUCUUUUCUGUAACUAAGCAUUUAUGCUAAAGCUGAGUAUGGACAAUAAAAUCACUGUAUACAUAAAACGCACAAAGUAACCUUGAGUCUGAGCUGAGGUGUUCAGGCAGUGUUCACUGUUGUUGGGUGACAUGGCAGCCGUGUAGUGCAGAAUGCACCUGCUGUCUAUUGACAGCCAAGGCUGCAGUGAAGUUGAGCGAUACAAGGUGGACAAGCCCUGCCAGAAACACCUCAGAGUCAUUACACAUUUCGUUUUGAAUCCAUUUUUGGCCAUCGUUCAUUAGAAAGCUUUACUGUUGUCUGGUUUUUCCAGUCAGUUACAUGACUGCCUAUGGGACCAGGGCCUGCAGUUGAAGAAUGUGGGCUUUGUGGGAUGACUCAGUAGUAACAACUCAGUUAUCAGUAGAGGUGACAACAUCUGAUCCCCUCCCCCCCCUUUUUUUCUCUCUUUUGAAACCAUUAUUAUUCCACGGUCUCAGUAUCAGUUCUCUGUGGUGGGAAGAUGUCACAGUGGCUUUCAGGACUUUCUUUUGCAUACGAGGGAGCCAGGUCAGAAAUGGCUUACAGGUUCUCUGUAGGUUACUCGGUAGGAGAGUGGCUUUUGACUCUGAAGCAAGGCUCACUAGGCUUGCUCAGCCCCUGAGAGUACGCAGGACUGAAGGCCCUUCUUCAUCCGGUAGCCAUCUUGCUUCUGCCACUUGGUCUUGAACAGUUUUCUAUUCUGGUUUACCAUCACUUUUUCCUGAUGAGAUAACUUUUCUUUAAAUGACUCGUCUUGAUCCAGUUUUAUAGAAACUGUGAUUCUGGCAAAUUAAAAUAAUCCAUAGCUGUCUGCAGUUUGAAAUAAAAGCAUUUCCAACUUCUAGAUUAUUAUGCUAUGAAAUUCUUCGUCUCGGCACUCACCUUCAUUCCGUAUUAUUUUAUAGUGGUUUGUACUCAAAUGUUUAUUUUUUCCUGUUGUGCCUCGAUUUCAACAAAUGCCGUUCACUUUUAAAGAACAUCUAAAAUAAAAAUCACAGAAGUGACCUUCAUGUCUCUGUAAUUUGUAUGCACAUGGCCAUCUUGUUCAUUGACACACAAUUUCUCUCAUGCAUAUAUUCAGGAAUGGUUUUUGUACUGGCCUAGUCACCUCAUCUUCUGUAGAAGAUUGAUUUGUCUGAGACCAUUAACCCUGUAAAUCACCUGCGGGAUAUUUACGAGUGUUCACUUUAGACAGCGCUUUGUUAGCUUUUCCAGAAUAGGCCCAGGGCCUCACUGAUGUUGGGCUGCCUUUUACGUGCCUUGCCCUUUUCAUUUCAUAUUAGAAAGCCAUCUUCAAGAGGGCUCUCUAGGCUGAUUUUCUUAGAGGUGAUGUAAGGUAAGUUAGCAGCUGGGUGGAAAUUGUGAGCCGUUGUCUUCUGGAGGACAGCACAGUAUGUGCAUAACUUACUAAAUACUUAAGUUUAUAUUAAAUACAUUGUCCGUGUGAGUUCCCUUUAAAUAAAGUUACUCUUGAUGUAA